AUGCAAUCCUUGCAACUCAAGUUUCCUGAAGUGUUCCAGACCUCGCUCGGAUGCUGCACAAAAGCACAGGCAAUCCUCUACCGGAAGCCAGAUUCUCGUCCUGCGUAUUGCCCUAAGAGACCGGUUGCCUACGCUGCACUUCCGAAGGUUGGUGCUGAGCUCCAAAGGCUUCAAGACAACGGCAUCAUUUCACCAGUCAAGUUCUCCGAUUGGGCUGCUCCCAUAGUUGUGGUUCGCAAGUCCGAUGUCUCCGUACGCAUUUGUCGUGGCUACUCUACAGGUCUCAACGAUGCCCUAGAGUCGGAUCGCCAUCCACUGCCACAUCCAGACGACAUCUACUCCGAACUAGCCGGAUGCCGUUUCUUCUCCAACAUCGAUGCCUACCUGCAGGUCGAGGUUGAAGAAGCAUCUCGAAAGCUGCUCACUAUAAACACUCAUAAAGGACUGUUCCAGUACAAUCGAUUGCCACCAGGAUUCAAAUCUGCGCCUGGAGCGUUCCAGAAGAUCAUUGACAGUAUGGUUGCUGGAAUUCCAGGUGUCAAGCCAUACCUGGACGACCUCUUGAUCGCUGGAAAAACUCAACAGGAUCAUGAUCGCAGGCUGAACGCUGUGCUUCACCGGAUUCGUGAGUAUGGCUUUCACUUACGCUUCGAGAAGUGCCGGGUCUCUCUUCCGCAGAUCAAGUUUCUGGGUCACAUAAUCGAUAAAGAUGGUCUCCGCCCAGAUCCUGCUAAAACCAACGCUAUCUCCGAGAUGCCACCACCGAUGAAUGUAUCGCAACUACGCUCGUACCUUGGUGCGAUCAAAUAUUACGGACGAUUCGUUGGCCAGAUGAAGGAACUUCAAGCGCCGCUUGACCGUCUACUAAAGAAGGAUGCUCCUUGGAAAUGGACCGCAGAAGAAAACUAUGGUCAAAUUGAAAAGGAAGCGGUCGCGUUAGUAUUUGCUGUCACUCGGUUUCACAAGAUGAUAUUCGGACGAAAAUUCGUGCUGCAGACCGACUAA